AUGGCUGGACAUGACGCAGAAAUCGACUAUUACAAUAGUUUGGAAAUAAAACCAUAUAUCGGGGCUAUAAUUUUAGUACUGACAUUAAUGGUUUUAGGAAUUGUUGGAAAUGUGCACGUUCUUUUCGUGUAUACCUUUCGAAUGAGAGCAACGAGCCACAGAAUAUUUAUUAUAGUUUUGGCAGUGCUAGAUUUGUUGUCUUGUACAGUUAGCAUGCCUUUUAUAACAGCAGAUAUGUUUCACAGAUUUACAUUUAACGCACCAAUUGCGUGUAGGAUAUUACGGUUUUUUCUUUAUUUCUUUGCCGGGUCUUCAGGAUUUCUUCUUUUACCUAUUGCAGUUGACAGAUAUGCAGACUAUUUUCUCAUCUUCAGAUACCUGAAGACAUGCAGACCUUUCGGACAGCAGAUAAAUCCAUACAGAGCAAAGUUAUUAUGCGCAGUUGUUUUGAUAUUUUGUGUAUUUUCGUUUUGGCCGAUUCCAGUCCUCUAUGGCCACAGCACCGUCAUAACGCCAAACCCAAAUAUUACUGGCUUUACAUGUUACCUUGACGAUGCGUUCAAAGACACUUUUUACCUGGCAUAUUGGAACGGUAUCAUGAUGAUCCUAGCAUUUUUCACUGUUAUUGGUCUAAUAGUACUAUAUUACAUGAUUGGAAAAAGUAUUCGAAAACAUGUUAAAGCAAAGAACAAACUACUUGUUAAAGAACAAAUAAACAAACUUCCUGAUAAGUCUAAACAACAUACUAGUGACAGUCAGUCACGUGGCUUUCUCAAUAAACUGCGGAAAGGUAAAGAAAAAAAUAAAAAGGAGAAUGUAAAAUUGAAGAAAUGUACUGUAGACAGAGCAACUGUAAAAGCGAAUUUUAGUUCCAGAGAAACCAGUUGGAAUACUGAAAUCGAAUCAAGUUGCGAUAUGUCUGAAAAAGAAAGUACUACAACUAACAUAGUAAGAGGUGUCGCAUUGAACAUUAGUGACAUCGACUUUGACGUUCCUGUCGACAAGAAUAAAGAUGAACAAACAGACAAUAACAGUUCAAGUAAAGGGACUGCUGGUGCAGAGAACGAGCUUAAAGUUGCUAACACGGUACAUAAGACAGAGAAUGCUAAAUCUGUUACGAAAGACCAUAACAUUAUCAAAACAAAUGGGGCAGAGAUUUCAAACAAUGAAGGUCAGUGUAAUACUAAAGAGCAGACAACAGUUAAUCGUGAAAAUUCCCGCAAACACAGAGAGGCUUUGCGAAACCUAAAGAGAUCUAAAAGAACAACUAAAAUGUUUUUUGCCAUCACAGUCUUGUAUUUUGUGACCUUUAUACCACACCUGACCCUUCAGGUUAUUACACUUACACAAGAUAAUUUUGUUGCCAGUUUAUCAUUUGCUGGGCAGACAGUUUACCACAUUGUGUUUUAUUGUUCCUUUCUGAAUAGCAUGGUUAAUUGUUACGUCUACGGAUUCUUUGAUACCAUGUUUAGGGAUGAGCUCAGGAAAAUUUAUACUUGUAAAAUCUGUAACAGUUCUUGA